CGCGGAACCCUAUCGGCGCAAAUGAGGUGGAGGUCCGUCAUUGGGGGGCUUUGAUAGUGCGGUGUGCGGGUUAGGUGCGGGUGUAAGGGGGCCAAGACAAGGGACCUGCACGUACAAACAAAUCGCACGCCGUCAAUCGACAGCCAGCACCGUACAUGGUCCUCGUUUCCGUGGAAGGUCCGGGCCGGGAAACACGAGAAGAAGAUCUGUGUUCCUCAGCCUUGGAAUCCUUGAUGGAAGAUCUCGUCAUGGAUCCGGAAAAUGGGUUAUACCGCUGCUGCUGUUGCUGCCCUGCCGAACCCUGUCGUGGCCAGAUCGACGGCGACAGGCAAUUACUGGUAUGCCAUCAUUAUCAUCACUUUUCCUUCUCGUUUUUGACUAUCGUCCCUGGUGGCCCUUUCCGUUCUCGUUGUCAUCGGCUCGUGCCACCUUUUACGUUCACGGCCUCGCUUGAGCAUCCAUCGUGGUUCCUUACAUAAUGGUACGGCACCCGGUAUGCAAGCUAAAGUAUUACCUAUGACCUUUAGCAGAAGCCAUGAAUGAUUCUGCCCACAAUGGCAAAGUUGCCCUUUUGAGUGGGGACCCGGACAUUCAAAGGAGAACACUGCUUUCGUCACUCGUCAG